AUGCACCAUAUCGAACUCUACAGUGUCUCAAAGCGCCAAGUUACAGUCUAUUGUGGACCUACCAGGAGUGAAUCCAAAUUGUUCCGACCUCUGGUGCCUCACCAGGUGGUCUCUGACACGUCUCAGAAGGACGUCAGCGAGAACCUUACCUGGUAUACUGAGCAGUUUAGGGAGGGUGGAUCUUCGCUGAUGGGUGGGUCUGGCAAAGGAAUCUCGACACUACCCGCAUCAAACAUCAUUGUUGGUGGAUCAACCUGGUGCAACUGCUCAGCAUACUCAGUCGAAUGCUCCCGCACCCCAACAGGAUCAGAGGCGAUCUGGCCACUUCCUGAUCAGACUCUCGGCGGUUGUGUCCUUGUCUUGGGUUAUUCCCUGAAAGCAACAAAAUGCAAGAAUCUUUCUACAGGAAAUCAGAUCCAUUCUGACCAAAAAGGAUGCACACCCGACGGCGCUGGGGUUCCCUCCUUUCAGGAAGGAAGGGCCCUCACACCCUGCCAUUUCACCUGCAGAGACUCGCUGGAAAUGAUCAACGACAAGAGCAGCUGCAACGCCUUCCACCUGUGUCUCCCCGAUGGUCCGUUGGGACCUAUCACUUGCCCAGGAAACACCUACUUCCACUGGGAGAGUCAAACGUGCGUCGAAGAUAGUGGCGUCUGCUGCUCGGUCUCCUGCACGCCCAUGUGUACGUCCGUGGGCGUGCAGAUUCCCGACCCUAUUGACUGCGCCAGAUUCUACGUCUGCGUCGAAACCGGACAGCCCAGCGAGGACGUCCACCUCACUUGCCCGAGCGGAACGUUUUUUGACGCUGAAACCCAUCGAUGUCUCGCCGAUGUCGAAUGCGAAGCCGUUUGUGCGCCCGGCGUGACCACCACCAGCGCAGCGCCGUGCACGCCGUUCUGCUCAACUGCGGGCGUGCAAAUUGCGGAUCCUAAUGACUGUACCAAAUUUUACAUCUGUAUUGAACAAGGAUUUCCAGACGAAGAUGUCCACGGGUCCUGUCGGCCGACCGAGCAUUUCGAUCCCGAAACGGGGCGCUGUGCGGAGGGAGGCGAGUGCGUGUCCCAGUGCGGAGCUUCGACCGGACCAACUGACACAACCUCAGUUUCAGAGUCAACUGGAACAGACACUAUACCUCCAGAAACACCUACAACCAUAGAUGCAACCCCACCUUCAGAAACAACCACACCCACAGAUGUAACAUCUUCAGAAGCAACCACGACCACAGAUGAAACACCUUCAGAAACAACCACACCCACAGAUGUAACAUCUUCAGAAGCAACCACGACCACAGAUGAAACACCUUCAGAAACAACCACACCUAUAGAUGUAACCUCAUCUUCAGAAACAACCACAACCACAGAUACAACGACACCUUCAUAAACAAUCACAACCAUAGAUGCAACUACACCCUCAGAAACACUGUGAAGCUAACGCCGAUACUGAAUAAGAGAUAAUACACAAUAACCCCCUGUGAAAAUAAGUAGAUAUAAUGUGUAAUUAAUUUCAUAAAGUCACAUAUUAAAAGUC